GGUAUUAAUGAAGCGUAAUUUUAUUGUAGAGACCUUAGCGGUCUUCUUUAACAAGUGAGUAUGCCUGUGAUCGCAUGUAGGGCGGCCGUAUGCUGGGAGGCAGGUUCCAGGUUACAAAUUGAAACUAUAGAAGUGGCUCCACCUAAAGAAGGAGAAGUCCGGAUUAAAAUUGUUUCUACUAGUGUUUGCCACACGGAUGAGUAUACUCGUACAGGAAAAGAUCCCGAAGGUGUUUUUCCAUGCGUUUUAGGCCAUGAAGGGGCCGGAAUUGUGGAAAUGGUGGGCAAAAAGGUUGCUAGUUUAGAAGUUGGUGAUCAUGUCAUACCGUUGUACACCCCUCAGUGCAAAGCCUGCAAAUUUUGCAGAAGUGAAAAGACAAAUCUUUGCAGUAAGAUUCGAGAGAUGCAGGGGAAAGGUUUAAUGCCAGAUGGAACAAGCCGUUUUCGAUGCCGCGGAAAAAUGCUUCAUCACUUUAUGGGAUGUUCCACUUUUUCGGAAUACACCGUAUGUGCCGAAAUUUCAGUAGCCAAAGUUAACAACUCUGCGCCUUUUAACCGCAUAUGUCUUCUUGGAUGUGGAAUAACCACUGGCUACGGCGCAGUUCUCAACACUGCGAAAGUAGAGCCGAAGUCCACCUGUGUAGUCUUUGGAGUAGGUGCCGUGGGUCUGGCUGUUAUAAUGGGGUGCGUUAAAGCAGCUGCUGCUCGGAUCGUGGCAGUUGACAUAAACGACAGUAAAAAGGAAAUCGCAGAGAAGUUCGGCGCGACUGACUUUGUUAACCCACACUCGCAUCCCGACAAGAAAUUAAAGGAUGUCUUAAUCGAACUUCUGGAUGGCGGCGCAGACUAUAGUUUUGAAUGCGUUGGUAAUGUAGAGCUAAUGAGAACAGCGCUUGAGUGUUGCCAUAAAGGCUGGGGCCAGUCAGUGAUAAUAGGAGUAGCCGCUGCGGGGGAGGAAAUCUCUACACGACCUUUUCAGCUUGUGACCGGCAGGGUGUGGAAAGGAAGCGCUUUCGGAGGAUUCAAAAGUAGGGAUUCUGUGCCUAAGCUUGUUGACGAAUAUAUGGAUGGUCAAUUAAAAAUAGACGAGUUUGUGACGCAUGAAUUUGGAUUUCAAGAUAUAAAUAAGGCUUUUGAUGUUGCGCGCGACGGAGGAGCUAUUCGAUGCAUCGUCAAUGUGCAGCAAUAGUGUUGCUUAUUGGUCUUACAAUGGGGAGCUAUGAC